UUUCCACAGAGUUUGGGUUGUGCUGUGAGGUAAGCCAAGGCAACUCUCCCAUCUCUUUCUCUCUCUCUUUCCACAGAGUUUGGGUUGUGCUGUGAGGUAAGCCAAGGCAACUCUCCCAUCUCUUUCUCUCUUUCCACAGAGUUUGGGUUGUGCUGUGAGGUAAGCCAAGGCAACUCUCCCAUCUCUUUCUCUCUCUCUUUCCACAGAGUUUGGGUUGUGCUGUGAGGUAAGCCAAGGCAACUCUCCCAUCUCUUUCUCUCUCUCUUUCCACAGAGUUUGGGUUGUGCUGUGAGGUAAGCCAAGGCGACUCUCCCAUCUCUUUCUCUCUCUCUUUCCACAGAGUUUGGGUUGUGCUGUGAGGUAAGCCAAGGCGACUCUCCCAUCUCUUUCUCUCUCUCUUUCCACAGAGUUUGGGUUGUGCUGUGAGGUAAGCCAAGGCGACUCUCCCAUCUCUUUCUCUCUCUCUUUCCACAGAGUUUGGGUUGUGCUGUGAGGUAAGCCAAGGCGACUCUCCCAUCUCUUUCUCUCUUUCCACAUAGUUUGGGUUGUGCUGUGAGGUAAGCCAAGGCGACUCUCCCAUCUCUUUCUCUCUCUUUCCACAGAGUUUGGGUUGUGCUGUGAGGUAAGCCAAGGCAACUCUCCCAUCUCUUUCUCUCUCUCUUUCCACAGAGUUUGGGUUGUGCUGUGACGUAAGCCAAGGCAACUCUCCCAUCUCUUUCUCUCUCUCUUUCCACAGAGUUUGGGUUGUGCUGUGAGGUAAGCCAAGGCAACUCUCCCAUCUCUUUCUCUCUCUCUUUCCACAGAGUUUGGGUUGUGCUGUGAGGUAAGCCAAGGCAACUCUCCCAUGUGUUUCUGUGGGACUGACUAUGCUGCUGUUGGUAGCACUGGUCAUGGUCUGUACUUACACUGUGGUAGCUGCCGAGGAGGCUGAGAACACCAGCCACAAACCACCACUCCACUACAGCAGCCUCGCGCUGCCACAGCACCAUAUCCCCUACUUCCUCCACACUAACAAGAGAGUGGCCAGGCUUUGUCGAGAGGACCCACUCUGCCCUUUUAAAGAUGCUCUGCCGGAUGUGUCGUCCUGCUGGGGGUAUGAGAAGAACUGUGCCCCAGAGAACCGCUUUGGCUAUCCUGUCUGCACCAAGAUCGACUCUGGAUGGGCUAGCUCAGUGGAGGCAGCCCAGGAGCUGUUCUGGAAACAGGCAGACUUUGGUUAUGUCAUGGAGCGCCUCAGUGAGAUGAAGACCCUCUGCAAGGCAACCAAUCCUGGAGAUUCAUCUCUGAAAUGCUCCAGCCACACUCGCUUCUGCAGGGCGACCAAUCUGUACCUGGACCUGAGGAACCCUCGCAGGGGUCAUGAGAGGUAUAAGGAGGACUUUCUCCAGGAGGGGGAGAUUGGGGGGCGUUGCAGUCUGAACAGCCGAGCGCUGGCCGCAGAAGGAGAGCACAAGAGCCCUCUGCAGUCCUGGUAUGCUGAACUGCAGGCAUACACAGAGCUGGACUUCAACCCCACAGAUGAAGAGCAUUGUGACAUCAUCAUUGAGAAACCUACUGUAUUCAUGAAGCUUGACGCCGGGGUGAACAUGUACCAUCAUUUCUGUGACUUUGUCAACCUGUACAUUUCCCAGCACAUCAACAACUCCUUCAGCAGAAACAUCAAUAUCCUCAUGUGGGAUACGAGUUUUAGUGGAUAUGGGGAUCUGUUCAGUGAGACAUGGAAGGCUUUCUCUGACUAUGACAUCAUCCAUCUGAAAACAUUUGACACUAAAAGGGUGUGCUUCAAAGAUUCCGUGUUCUCCCUGCUCCCCAGGAUGAGAUAUGGGCUGUUCUAUAACACACCUUUGGAGGGGAGGAUUCGGGUGACGUUGUUGGCACGCAGCACAGACUACCGUAAGAUAUUGAACCAGCAGGAGCUCACAAACGCCCUGAAGACUGUGCCUCUACUUGAGGUCAGAGUGGUGGAUUACAAAUACAAGGACGUUCCGUUCCUGGAGCAGCUCAGCAUUACCCACAACUCUGACAUCUUCAUCGGGAUUCACGGGGCAGGACUUACUCAUCUGCUCUUCCUUCCUGAUUGGGCCGUCAUCUUUGAGCUAUAUAACUGUCAGGAUGAGAGCUGCUAUCGAGAUCUGGCUCGGCUACGGGGGAUUCGAUAUGUGACUUGGCAGAAAAGGGACAAAGUGCUCCCAGAAGAUAAGGGUCACCAUCCCACCCUGGGGGAUCAUCCUAAGUUCACCAACUACUCCUUUGACGUGGAGGAGUUCAUGCGUCUGGUGCUGGAAGCAGCAGACUACGUCCUGCACCACCCCAAGUGGCAGCCCCCACCCAGCCAUGAUGAACUGUAAGCCUGCACCACCCCAAGUGGCAGCCCCCACCCAGCCAUGAUGAACUGUAAGCCUGCACCACCCCAAGUGGCAGCCCCCACCCAGCCAUGAUGAACUGUAAGCCUGCACCACCCCAAGUGGCAGCCCCCACCCAGCCAUGAUGAACUGUAAGCCUGCACCAACCCAAGUGGCAGCCCCCACCCAGCCAUGAUGAACUGUAAGCCUGCGCCACCCCAAGUGGCAGCCCCCACCCAGCCACGAUGAACUGUAAGUCUGCACCACACCAAGUGGCAGCCCCCGCCCAGCCAUGAUGACCUGUAAGCCUGCACCACCCCAAGUGGCAGCCCCCACCCAGCCAUGAUGAACUGUAAGCCUGCAGCCCCUACCCAGCCAUGAUGAACUGUAAGCCUGCAGCACCCCAAGUGGCAGCCCCCACCCAGCCAUGAUGAACUGUAAGCCUGCAGCCCCCACCCAGCCACGAUGAACUGUAAGCCUGCAGCACCCCAAGUGGCAGCCCCCACCCAGCCAUGAUGAACUGUAAGCCUGCAGCCCCCACCCAGCCAUGAUGAACUGUAAGCCUGCACCACCCCAAGUGGCAGCCCCCACCCAGCCACGAUGAACUGUAAGCCUGCAGCACCCCAAGUGGCAGCCCCCACCCAGCCAUGAUGAACUGUAAGCCUGCAGCCCCCACCCAGCCAUGAUGAACUGUAAGCCUGCACCACCCCAAGUGGCAGCCCCCACCCAGCCACGAUGAACUGUAAGCCUGCACCACCCCAAGUGGCAGCCCCGCCCAGCCAUGAUGAACUGUAAGCCUGCACCACCCCAAGUGGCAGCCCCCGCCCAGCCAUGAUGAACUGUAAAGCCAGCAGCCCCACCCAGCCAUGAUGAACUGUAAGCCUGCAUCACCCCAAGUGGCAGCCCCCACCCAGCCAUGAUGAACUGUAAGCCUGCAGCCCCCACCCAGCCAUGAUGAACUGUAAGCCUGCAGCCCCCACCCAGCCAUGAUGAACUGUAAGCCUGCAUCACCCCAAGUGGCAGCCCCCACCCAGCCAUGAUGAACUGUAAGCCUGCAGCCCCCACCCAGCCAUGAUGAACUGUAAGCCUGCAGCCCCCACCCAGCCAUGAUGAACUGUAAGCCUGCAGCCCCCACCCAGCCAUGAUGAACUGUAAGCCUGCAUCACCCCAAGUGGCAGCCCCCACCCAGCCAUGAUGAACUGUAAGCCUGCAGCCCCCACCCAGCCAUGAUGAACUGUAAGCCUGCAGCCCCCACCCAGCCAUGAUGAACUGUAAGCCUGCAUCACCCCAAGUGGCAGCCCCCACCCAGCCAUGAUGAACUGUAAGCCUGCAGCCCCCACCCAGCCAUGAUGAACUGUAAGCCUGCAGCCCCCACCCAGCCAUGAUGAACUGUAAGCCUGCAGCCCCCACCCAGCCAUGAUGAACUGUAAGCCUGCAGCCCCCACCCAGCCAUGAUGAACUGUAAGCCUGCAGCCCCCACCCAGCCAUGAUGAACUGUAAGCCUGCAGCCCCCACCCAGUCAUGAUGAACUGUAAGCCUGCAUCACCCCAAGUGGCAGCCCCCACCCAGCCAUGAUGAACUGUAAGCCUGCAGCCCCCACCCAGCCAUGAUGAACUGUAAGCCUGCAGCCCCCACCCAGCCAUGAUGAACUGUAAGCCUGCAGCCCCCACCCAGCCAUGAUGAACUGUAAGCCUGCAGCCCCCACCCAGCCAUGAUGAACUGUAAGCCUGCAGCACGAGGACAGUUUGGUGAAGUCAAACACACAACUAAAACACAGUCGUCUUAUAAAUCUAAAAGUAUUUUUAAUUAUAGUUCUUGUAUAUUAUGAAGGUUAAAUUUAAGUUUACAGCAUCACUUUUCAGCUAUUUAUUAUUUCAUUUUUUCUGCAGUGAGUCUAUAACACAGCCCAAGGUGCAUCUCAGUAGCGAUAAUAAAGAGAAAUCAAAUGGCCGUGGCAAACUUCGAGUACCUGCUACCAUUUUCCUUGUUAGAGAACAGUAUAUGUGCUAUACAUACACUCCUUACAACAAAUGACUAUUUCUAUUACAAGCUGCCACUGGUGGUUGCCGUAAUGAUCAUUUGUUUACUUUCUAAAACAAUGGGUUUAUUUUCUGCAUUUUCUGAUUAAAGUGGUGUGUUAUAGACAGACAGGGAUGGAACUUUCAACAUGUUGUAAAUGUGCCCAUUUUAUCAACCCCGCAGAAUUGUCUUUGCAACUAUUUUGUCGUCACUACAUAUAGUAAACUUCCAGGAAGGGAAAACACAAGUGAUAUAAUCAAUCUAAAGCUGGAUGUUUUAUUUAUAAGUGAAAGGGAGUCAGACCUUUUGGUCAAUGUUUUGGAAAGUGUUGUAAGUCAUGUUAUAUUUCAAAGCCAUGGAAAUGUUUUGAAAUAAACAUUUUCAAAAGUG